UCUUCCCUCGUUCCUUUCCAACAAAAUGAUUCAUCAGCACAACUCUGGAGAUAGUAGUAGCAGAGACUAUUCUCUUUGGUAGAGCUGACAUAAGGCUUACUUCCUGGUUCUGUUACUGCAACUGAGAAAUGCAUUAAUGUCUAGAAGAGGCAAAAUGGAGCGUGCUUGGAUCCUGCUACUUGGUCAGAUAUUCAUGGGUGCUUGGAGUUUAUCCAGGGAAGAAAAAGGGCCCAAUUUUGUUCUCAUGAUGGUAGAUGACCUGGGAAUUGGCGACUUAGGAUGCUACGGGAACGCAACUCUAAGGACCCCCAAUAUUGACCGGUUGGCCCAGGAGGGGGUGAAGCUGACCCAGCACAUCGCUGCUGCACCCCUGUGCACCCCCAGCAGAGCUGCCUUCCUCACCGGCCGCUAUGCAGUCAGAUCAGGCAUGGCCGGCUAUGGGAAGCUAGGUGUGUUCAUCAUGACAGCUGCAUCUGGGGGUCUCCCGGAACAGGAAGUCACAUUCGCUGAACUUGCCAAACAGCAAGGAUACGCCACGUCGCUCAUAGGCAAGUGGCACCUGGGAUUGAACUGUGAACGAAGCGACGACUUCUGCCACCAUCCAAACUGGCAUGGCUUUGACCACUUCUACGGCAUCACCAUGACCAACAUGCGCGACUGCCAGCCUGGUCACGGUUCCAUCCUGUACAUGAUCUCCAGCCACAUCCCCACUCGUAGCAUUGGGGUUGCUAUAGGGACUGUGGCUGUCCUACACGUCUUGGGGGUCAUUUCGGUGACACGGAAGAUGCUCUUAUGCUUUAGCCUGGUUCCAGCUGUAUUCCUGGCUCUCUUCGCUGUUGUUGUUUUCACGUACCCUUAUUUAAACUGCUUCCUAAUGAGGAACCAGGAGAUUGUGGAGCAGCCCUUUUUAUCUGAAAACCUAACCCAAAGGAUGACUCACGAAGCCAUACAGUUUUUGCAGAGGAACUCGGAGAGACCAUUCCUGCUGUUCUUCUCCUUCGUCCAAGUGCACACAGCGCUCUUUGCGUCUGCGGCGUUCCGGGGCAGGAGCCGGCACGGUCUCUAUGGCGACACGGUAGAGGAGGUGGACUGGAGUGUGGGAAAGCUAAUGGAGACCUUGGACUCCUUGGGGCUCCGUGAGAACACUCUGCUCUACCUGACCUCUGAUCAUGGGGCACACCUGGAGGAGAUAUCCUCCAAUGGGGAAGUGCAUGGGGGCUGGAAUGGCAUCUACAAAGCGGGGAAAUCCACCAACUGGGAGGGAGGGAUUAGGGUUCCAGGAAUCCUUCGAUGGAGCGGUGUGUUACCCGGUAACAAGAGCAUCGAUGAACCCACAAGCAACAUGGACAUAUUCCCAACUGUCGCAAAGCUGAUAGGAGCAGGAACACCUGAAGACAGGGAAAUUGAUGGACGUGACCUGAUGCCCCUCCUGCUGGGUGAAGUUGAGCGAUCGGAGCACGAGUUUCUUUUCCACUACUGUAACGCCUAUCUGAACGCUGUGAGGUGGCGACCCGCAAACAGUGAUUCCACAUGGAAGGCGUUUUUCUUCACUCAGAACUUUUCCCCGGAGAAUUCGACGGCCUGUUUACACACUCACGUGUGUUUCUGCACGGAGGAAUACGUGACGUACCACGACCCCCCCCUGCUGUUCGACCUCUCCAGAGACCCUUCGGAGACCACGCCUCUGACGGAGCGGGAGGUGCCGGACUUCCACGCCGUCCUGGACGUCAUGCGCCGGGCGGCGAGCCGCCACGCCCGCUCCGUCGCCCCCGUGCCCAAUCAGCUGUCCCUGGGGUACCAGCUGUGGAAGCCCUGGCUGCAGCCCUGCUGCUCCACCCUGUCUCAGCUCUGCACCUGCAGCAGAGAUGACCCCCCUGAAGGGGGUGACUAGCCCCAGGCCUGCCUUAGCCCCUCCGCUGAGGCCAUGUUGAAUGCAGCAUCUUUUUUUUUAUAGCCGAUGUACGCUCGCUGAUAAUAGACACAUUGUCACUUUGUUCCGAGAUGUCGGCAAAUAUGUCUAUUGUAAAUGUUUUGUGGGCCUGGUUCCCGAAAAAGGCUGCGUUCUCUGCAGCACUUGUCAGCAUUUUGUGCUAUUUCUGUUGUGCAGAUAUGGCAGUUUGUUGGCAGUUACAUAGGGGAUCCUAUGUUACAUUUACAUUAAAAUGGGUGUGUUAAA